GGGGUUCCUCAGCCCGGACUCGCUCUCCUCCCAGGCUUUGACCCGAAGCUGUUCCUGGUUUUCUUCCUGGGCCUGCUGCUGUUCUUCUGCGGGGACAUGCUGAGCAGGAGCCAACUCUUCUACUACUCGGCCGGGAUUAGUUUUGGCUUGCUGGCCUCGCUGCUCAUCCUCGUCUACAUGAUGUCCAAGGUCAUGCCCAGGAAGAGUCCUGUUUACAUUCUGCUGGCGGGGGGCUGGUCCUUCUCCCUGUACCUGCUUCAGCUCAUCUUCAAGAACCUGCGGGAGAUCUGCAAGUCCUACUGGCAGUACCUGCUGGGCUACCUGCUGCUCGUGGGCUUCGUCAGCUUCGGUGUGUGCUACCGGUACGGGCCGCUGGAGAACGAGCGCAGCAUCAACCUCCUCUCCUGGGCCCUGCAGCUCCUUGGCCUCCUGCUGAUGUACUCGGGCAUCCAGAUCCAUCCCGUCGCCCUGGCCUUGGUGGUUAUCGCCGUCUGCACCAAGAACCUGGACUACCCCCUGCAAUGGGCCUUCGCUGUCUACAGGAGGGUGCAGAGCACCAGGCUGGGGCCGAGCCCGCCCUGCCUGCUGACAGAGGAGGAGUACCGGCUCCAGGGCGAGGUGGAGACACGCAGGGCCCUCGAGGAGCUUCGGAACUACUGCAGGAGCCCAGAUUUCUCAGCCUGGACCACGGUGUCCCGCAUCCAGUCUCCCAAGAGGUUUGCUGACUUUGUGGGUGGCGCCUGUCACGUCACCCCCAACGAGGUCUCUGUCCACGAGCGGGAGUACAGCCUGAGCGACAUCUUCGAGGAUGAGCUCUCUGAGGAGGAGGAGAAAGAGCAUGACUCCCUUGGCGGGGCCCACACCUGUUACCCCCUGAGCCACAACCACCUGGAUGCUGACUGAGACCGGCGGCCCCGGCCCCACGGAGGUGAGGGGCUGCCUGUUCCCCACUGCCCUGGUGCCUGCGGAGCAGGAAUCCACAGCUGAGCCCGCUGGGAGGAUGAGGAGGGCCAAUGCCCUCGUCUUCCCCAGGCAGCCCUGCCAGGAAAAAGCACGAAAGCUUCUGGGUGUCAGCAGGGGAGACGCAGGGAGCUCGUCCCGCCUGGGACUGUGGGGCCGGCGAGGUCUGUGCUGCUCCUAAGGGUGGACUGGAGCCACCCUGGCUCAGCCCGGGGCGUCGCUGCCGGCCAGGCAGGGACAAAGGGAAAGGUCUGUCUUGUGCGCAGGUGCCUGCGCAGGGGACGUGCAUGAGAGGAACUUUGGACCC